CCAGCAGAAGCGCGCCACCUCCCCGCCCCCACUCCCCUCCCCCACCGCGCGCGCUCCUCCCGCCCCGGAGCCUCGCCCUCCGCCACGAUGAGCAAAUGAGCGCGAGCGAGGGCAUGAAAUUUAAAUUCCACUCAGGGGAGAAAGUGCUGUGCUUCGAGCCUGACCCCACCAAGGCGCGAGUGCUGUACGAUGCCAAGAUUGUCGAUGUUAUUGUUGGGAAAGACGAAAAAGGCAGAAAGAUCCCAGAAUAUCUGAUCCAUUUUAAUGGUUGGAACAGAAGCUGGGAUAGAUGGGCAGCUGAAGAUCAUGUCCUUCGUGACACCGAUGAAAAUCGGAGAUUACAGCGUAAAUUGGCAAGGAAAGCUGUAGCUCGCCUGAGAAGCACAGGAAGAAAGAGGAAGCGCUGCAGGUUGCCUGGUGUGGACUCUGUCUUAAAAAGCCUCCCUGCUGAAGAAAAAGAUGAAAAUGUUGAAAACUCAAUAAGCAGUUCCUCUGAUGACAGUAGUGAAGAAAAGGAUGAAGAAAUAAGUGAAGAAAGUGAUAUUGAAGAAAAGACUGAAGUGAAGGAAGAACCGGAGCUGCAUGCAAAAAAGGAAAUGGAAGAAAGAACAAUAACUAUAGAAAUCCCUGAAGUUCUGAAGAAGAAGCUUGAGGACGAUUGUUACUAUAUCAACAGGAGGAAACGGUUAGUGAAACUUCCAUGCCAGACCAACAUCAUAACUAUUUUGGAAUCAUACGUGAAGCAUUUUGCUAUCAAUGCAGCCUUUUCAGCCAAUGAGAGGCCUCGCCACCAUCACGCUAUGCCACAUGCCAACAUGAAUGUGCAUUAUAUCCCAGCAGAAAAGAACGUUGACCUUUGUAAGGAGAUGGUGGAUGGAUUAAGAAUAACCUUUGAUUACACUCUCCCAUUGGUUUUGCUUUAUCCAUAUGAACAAGUUCAGUAUAAAAAGGUGACUUCGUCCAAAUUUUUUCUUCCGAUUAAGGAAAGUACCACAAACACUAAUAGGAACCCAGAGGAGCUCUCUCCAAGCCCACCUUUGUUGAAUCCAUCCACACCACAGUCCGCAGAGAGUCAGCCAACCACAGGCGAGCCAGCCACCCCCAAAAGGCGCAAAGCCGAGCCGGAAGCCUUGCAGUCUCUGAGGCGGUCCACACGCCACUCCGCUAAUUGCGACCGGCUGUCGGAGAGCAGCGCCUCGCCUCAGCCCAAGCGCCGGCAGCAGGACGCGUCUGCCAGCAUGCCCAAGUUGUUCCUGCACCUGGAAAAGAAGACACCCGUUCAUAGCAGAUCAUCCUCACCCGUUCCUCUGACCCCUAGCAAGGAAGGGAGUGCGGUGUUUGCUGGCUUUGAAGGCAGAAGAACUAAUGAAAUAAAUGAGGUCCUCUCCUGGAAACUUGUACCCGACAGUUACCCGCCAGGUGACCAGCCACCUCCACCCUCUUACAUUUAUGGGGCGCAACACUUGCUGCGAUUGUUCGUGAAACUUCCAGAAAUCCUUGGAAAGAUGUCCUUUUCUGAGAAGAAUCUGAAGGCUUUACUGAAGCACUUUGAUCUCUUUCUGAGGUUUUUAGCAGAAUACCAUGAUGACUUUUUCCCAGAGUCUGCCUAUGUUGCUGCCUGUGAGGCGCACUACAGCACGAAGAACCCCAGGGCGAUUUAUUAAGGUUUUGAUGGUUCUGGAAGAACAGCUUCUCUAUCUAGCUUUGCACUCUCCGUUCCCGAUAAAGAACUAGGGAGUUGGUGGGCCUUCCUUACAGGCAGAGCGAAUGCGACACUCGCCUUGGGGGUGUGUGGCAGAGGUGGGCCCAUUUGUUUGAGUUGCUUACCUACCGUAGUUAUUUCUGUUAAGGAUUACUUCCUAGGUACCUGAACGGCCUCCAACGUGUGACCCUUGCCACAGUACAUGUCAUCUGUGACGGCGGGCAAAGAGCAGCUGUGUUCACAGUGAAAUGUUCACGAAAGUGUGCGUAGGUUGGGCUGUUUCAGUAGAUGGAGUUACUUGUUAGCAAUAACCACAUUUUUUAGUUAUUUGUUAGCAUUAAACAAAAUUGUUUUGCAAACCGUUUUCAUUCCUGUGAUAAGGCUGAGCAACAAAACAUUAGUUUUGCUUGGAAACUAAAAAGUAGUCCCAGAAUAUUUUAGAGGGGGUUGAUAUUGAUGGCAAAAGAAAAUUUGCAGCUAUACAUUUGCUUGUUACAGUUCCUUUUCUAUAAAACCUUAUUUUUGGUGAUCUAAAUAAAGCAUUGCCUGAAUGUUUGAGAUUUUAUAGCUACACUUGGUUGUGUAAUGUUAUAGUUCCCUUUCUGUAGGAUGUUAUUUUGGGUGAUCUCAAAUAAAUCAUCUUGUUGGAAAGAA